CCCCCGUGUCUUGUUUCUAUUUUUGACUGCAUGAGAUCUACGUAUGAUCUACCGCCCAUCCUGAUGUUCUUGCACUUCAUUUCCCUUUGGUCAGCAGUUCUCACUGCGCUGGUCCGCCGGACGACACUGCAUUCAUUGACGACACAAGCUUGGCUUUGUUUGCAAAAUUUGGGAGCUAUGCCGCAGAGUCGCAACACGUUGGCUCCAAGCCCUCAAUCACCGAACCGAAACCCGACUGCUCCGGAUGUCACUGAAUUCACCAGGCCCGUCAGGCGCUGCGACGCUUCCAGGGCUGUUGCUUGUCCGGGGUAGCACUCGGGAGGCAAGCCGUAGCGAGCCCCACGGUAACGUACAACCCCACCUUUCCGGCCACCCAAUCUGCCAACUACAACAACCUUUGGCACAACAGAUUAUCGUCGGUAUUGGCUAUUAUUAUACAAUGCCUCGAUAUUCAGAAAAUUCGAUUCAAGGCGCUCUCAACGAUAUCAAU